AUGUCGUUCUCCCUUUCUACUUCUCCUGUCUAUUCCUUACACACCGAAACCCACCAACGCAUUCAGCAUUUUAUUAUUAUAUAUAACACGUCAGAUCAGAAUCAGACUAAUACAAUUCGAUCUGGAACAAGUUCAACAUGGAAGCUUGUGAAGAGCUCUGGGUCUCACAGAAUUGCUUUAAACUUGGAAAAAGGUGGGUACAAAGUUCUCUCGUUUAUAACAGCUUUGUAUACUAAAUACUGUGAUGGUCUAGAUGACUAUAGCUUUCUCCACACAAUCUGGGAAGAGAUACAACACUGGAUCUCUACCAGCAACUUAAAGUUCUUCAGUUUGGAAGAGCAACAUAAAAUUCUUUCUUCAUUAACAGGGUAUUUGGAUGAAUGA